CGGGGGCGUGCCUUCGUGACGUCGUCGACAAAGCAGUUGUCAGGAACGCGCGUUUGAAGAGGGCUGCGGGUCACGUGGUACGCGCUGAUUGACAGCUAUGGACUGGAGGCGAAGACAAGACUAGAAGCAAGGCGGGUGCGAGAGGCAGUGUCUGCGCCGGCGGUCUCUUGUGUUCCUCUUUGUAGCUGCUCCGCGGAAACCUGAGCUUAAAGGAAAUCGUUUUACAGAUGCUGGAAGAUGCUAACUUCAGAGAAAGGAGUUGUAGAGGAAUGGUUAUCAGAAUUUAAGACAUUGCCUGAGACAUCUAUUUCCAGUUAUGCUUCUGGCUUGAAAAACAAGACUUCUCUUGUAUCAGCUCUAUAUGAAGUCAUUCAGGAGCCUCAGAGUGAGUUGUUGGAGCCUGUCUGCCAUCAGCUCUUUGAGUUUUAUCGGAGCAAAGAGAAAUGUCUCAGGACAUUUACCCUUCAGUUUUUGCCAGAGCUCAUAUGGUGCUACCUUUCGAUGUCUUCGAGCAGAGAACUACUGAGCUGCGGAUGUAUUGAGGCGCUGCUUCUGAGUGUCUACAAUCUGGAAAUAAUGGACGAACAGGGGCACAGCAAGAUCUUGUCAUUUACUAUCCCGUCCUUGUCUAAGCCAUCUGUGUAUCACGAGCCUUCCAGCAUCGGUUCUAUGGCUCUUACUGAAGGAGCAUUGUCUCAACAUGGCCUUACACGAGUUGUAUACAGUGGCCCUCAUCCCCAGAGGGAGAUGCUAACUGCACAGAACAGGUUCGAGGUGCUGUCGUUUCUUCUACUUUGUUAUAACUCUGUUUUAAAUGCAAUGCCUGCUGUCUCCCUUCAGUCCCUGUGUCAGAUGUGUUCAAGGCUCUGUGUCUGUGGAUACCCUCGCCAACAUGCAAGAAAAUACCAAGGGAUUAAGAACAGAAUACCAAUAUCUUCAGAGUUCAUGGUUCAACUUUUGACUGGAAUUUAUUAUUCAUUUUACAAUGGUGAGUGGAAUGCAGCCCGCAAAGCCCUGGAUGAUGUUCUAUAUCGUGCUCAGCUGGAGCUCCUUCCAGAGCCUCUCUUGCUUGCUAAUGCAAUCAAAGCAUCACUGCCUCAAGGAGCACUGAAGGGAAAUAAAGAAGGCGGCAGCAGCAGGAGUAUCCAGGUGGAGAUCACACCAACGUCCUCCAGAAUAUCACGUAAUGCCGUUACCAGCAUGUCUAUUAGAGGCCAUCGCUGGAAGAGGCACGAAGAACCUGACACUAGUAAUGACUCCUCAGAUUUGGGCAACAUUGUCAUACCUGAAAUUAAUGUCACCAGUGUGUCUGGAGAAAGAGCCGGGAAUGGGGAGAGAGGCAGAGCACUAAGUGAGAAUGAUGUUCAGCAUAUGCAGGCAGUGCAGGAAACCUCCGCAGAACCUAGAGCUGAGGGCAAAGCAGUGGCAGAGAUCAGAAGGCAAAAAUCUACUCUGCAGAUAUAACAACCCAGGAAGAGCUGGCAGAAAUAUCCGAGACUUCUGAUGGAUUUAGCACCAGGGCUGCAUCUAGCACAAGUCAUCCUGUCUUAUCUCAUAGCAACAGCAGCAGCUUCAGCAAGCCACCCUUUGGAAAGGCCCAGAGAAGGUCUCUUGGAAACAGAACAGGGGGUAAAGAAAGGGAAUCUGUGGGAGAUACUUGCCGGGAACAUCUCAGCAGAAAGCAGAACCAGAGGGCCCUGAGUGAGAACCUGGAAUUAGUCUCUAUGAAGAGAUUGACUCUGACAACCAGUCAGUCUCUGCCCAAGCCUGGUAGCCAUAGCCUUGCAAGAACUGCAACUGCCGUUUUUAGUAGAUCAUUUGAGCAGAUGAGUGGUGGAGAAGCAGCUAAUAAUCCUGUACCUGCAAACACUGUUAGUACUGGAGUCAGCACAGAGACAAAUAGGUUUAGUGCCUGCAGUCUACAGGAGGAAAAGCUAAUAUAUAUUUCUAAGAGGACAGAGCUUUCAGUGCCCAAUAGACACCAGCAAAACCAGCCAAGAUCCCCAAGUAUCUGUAUAACACUGUCUUCAGACUAAUCCUAAUGAGAAAGCUGUCAGGAUUGAAGAUCAUAGGAAGCCAUGUUUCACCCUGUAAUUACCAGAGCUCCGAGGCGAUGAUACCAGAGGCAUUCACCUACUCAUCAACUGAAAUCUUAACUUAUUUUUAUAGUUCUUUAAGAUCAGCCAUAUAAUUGUGAUAACAUCGUUGCAUCGAGCACUUAAAUAUGGCCAUCUGCAUCUUUGCCAAAGAAGCCUCCAUUGUGGUGUCUUUGUGAUCUCUCCAGACCUCAAUUGGAACAUGUCCUGCUUCACAGGGAUGGAUUGUGUGCAGUUUGCUGUAAGGCAAUGCCUCCAUUUCUGUGAAACACCCGUACCUCCGUUGCCUGAUAGCCAAUCACAACUUCACAGGGAGCAGAUAUUUUGUAACACAAUUAGCUUUAGGGUGCAGAUAUUGUAUUGGUUUUCCUCUCAUAUAUUUGUAUAUAGUACAAUGCAUGUGCUUUUAAUUUUCUUUUCACUAAGCACUGAUAAAUGACCCACCUGUUUUUUACAGUCUGAUAUUAACAGUGCCAUCUGCUGGUCAGGUUCAGCCGAUCAGUUUGGUGGUAUGUGCACAAUAAAAUCCGUUCAUAUCCGUUCAGAUUGACAACCAGCAUAAAAUUGUUGUAAGGUAAAUCGUUUGUGUUGUAAAUAGUUUGUGUUUUACGGCAUGUUGUAUGUUUUUGAUUGUUUUUAAGGAAUAUAAAUGGCAUAUUUUUAUAAUUUCGGAUUGCUUUUGUUUUUAUUCCCCUGAUUUGUAGCAUCACAUAAAAUAAAAAAAGAUGAGAAAUGA